UUGACAGCUCCGUUGGCUUUUUCGCUACAAUCGAAACAAACCGCGAAGCAAAAAGCGCAAGAGCGCGGUUUACAAAGUUAUUGGGCAUUAUUUACCCAUUUCUUACCGUUCCAAACAUUCAAACUGCCCAUCGCAUUCGUGAAAAUAACAACCAAAGUCCACGGAAAGUGUAAAGCCAGCUGGCAAGUGUAGCUCGGUCGUGUUAAAUCUUGUUAGCUGCCGUAGCCCGUACUAGUAUCAGCGCAAGUGUUGGCGUGUUGUUGCUACGUUGUUACUUUAGACCCGCGGUACACCCAAAGGCAACAACCAGCUCACAUUUACAUCCUUUCCCCCGUUGAGCCGAACAGUGUCUGUUAUCCGAAACGGAAUAAGGGAGCACAACAAUGGCAAGCACAUCAAGGGACGCCCAUCUGAACAAAGUUUGCUGCUAUUCGCACCCGGAAGCACCGUUAAUAGAGGAUUACCGGGCGGGCGAUAUGAUAUGCUCCGAGUGUGGGUUGGUGGUAGGGGAUCGGGUCAUCGAUGUGGGAUCCGAGUGGCGUACGUUCAGCAACGAGAAGGCCGGCGUUGAUCCGUCCCGUGUCGGUGGACCGGAAAAUCCGCUGCUCAGUGGAGGCGAUCUUUCCACCAUGAUCGGUCCCGGAACGGGUCCCGCGUCGUUUGAUGCGUUCGGAACUGCCAAGUAUCAAAACCGCCGCACGAUGAGCAGCUCCGACCGGGCCCUCAUUGCAGCGUUCAAAGAGAUCAGCACGAUGGCGGACCGAAUCAAUCUGCCGAAAACGAUCACCGACCGGGCGAACAAUCUGUUCAAGCAGGUGCACGAUGGCAAAAAUCUGAAGGGCCGAUCGAACGAUGCCAAAGCGUCCGCCUGCCUGUACAUUGCCUGCCGACAGGAAGGUGUGCCCCGAACGUUCAAAGAGAUCUGUGCCGUCAGUAAGAUCAGCAAAAAGGAAAUUGGGCGCUGUUUCAAGCUUACGCUCAAGGCACUCGCUACCUCCGUCGAUCUCAUCACCACCGCCGACUUCAUGUCCCGCUUCUGCGCUAAUCUUGACCUGCCCAACGUGGUACAGCGUGCCGCAACACAUAUAGCACGAAAGGCGGUCGAAAUGGAUAUUGUGCCCGGUCGAUCACCGAUCUCGGUGGCAGCCGCCGCCAUCUACAUGGCCUCGCAAGCGUCCGACAACAAAAAGACACACAAAGAAAUCGGUGACAUUGCCGGUGUGGCUGACGUCACGAUCCGCCAAUCGUACCGAUUAAUGUAUCCGCACGCGGCCGAACUGUUCCCCGAGGACUUUAACUUCUUCACCCCGAUCGACCAGCUGCCGCCGGUGUAAACGGGGACCCUCUCCCUGACCAAUGCCGGGGAGGCACCUUGCUGCCCCGGUGUUGUAGUGUAUAGAACCGAGGAAAACGAAGAACCUUUCGCGCAUUCGAGCAAUCCAACUAUCUGCCCUUUGCUGGCCGGGCAGCUGACCAGCGCAGCAAGCGAAAAGGUCACGUCUGGAGGGAGAUUCUUUAUGCUGAAUCGGCGAUGGCACCGGUCGUCAAUCGAUGCCACCGCUGCUCCCUACGGUACGGCGUCAUUUGCUGCGGCUAAAUGCGCCAUAAUCGGGAGGGUUACGAUACUAUUGUAUUGAUUAUUUCAUUUUAUGUUAUUUUAUAUGCUUUAUUUUACCACUUUUUCGUUUUCCUUUCUCUUCCGUUUCGAUAGUCAUCGAAGCUAUAUAUAUAUAAUAGCGUGUUCCUCCCCUCCCCUUAAGAAAAAAACAAGUAACAAAUUCUACCACAUAAACGGGAGUACAAACUUUUUCCACAGAGAUGAUUGAUUUAUUUAAUACUGUAAGUGGGACCGCGGGAACCGAUGGAAAGCGAGAAAGGUUAAAUCGAACACCAGCCGAAACCUUUCUUGUGAGGGGGGAGGGAAAGACUUUAAUUAGUUUGUGUGUGUGUGUGUGGCUACUACGUCGGACUUGUUGCUAGUGUGUGUUGAAACCGUAGUACUGCACACAAUCACCACUACUUCCGUUACGAUCGGCAUCGGUCCUAUCCCCGGUCCGUGGAUCGAGGGAAAAGCGAAUCAAACGUAGACAUCUGAUGCCCAAAACGCGUUUGUCUUGACCAAAAACCUGACGAAGAAAUGUAUUAUUUUGAUGUUGGUUUAGUUUGUUUUGCUUGCAGGAAACGAAAAAACAAAAAAACAGAACUACAGAAACCUUAUUUACUUAGAGGGAGAAUUAUUUUUGCAUACGUUCUCUUGAUACGUGGCGAGACAAGCUAAACGGGGAAAUUGUGAGAGAAUAAAGAGUCGGGGGCACCAUUUGCGAAGUUAGAGAAAAAAAGGGAAAAAAGCAAAAAUGGUGAAUAAAAUAGUACAUAUAAUGAACUGAUUUAUAAGAUAAACUAAUAAAACAGCAACAAAAA